AUGAACGCCGUUGACUACAAGUUGAACGAUCAUGUUUCACGCAUAACUUUAGGUGGAGUGUGUACUAGAAUUAUCUGUCUGCGUGCUGAAUUCUUUAGUAAUGUCUUCCCUAGCUCCGCUUUGAUCGAUGCUAUCACGGAAUAUGCUAUCCAGCAGCAGAUGUGUAUGUUUAUGAAGAACACGGUGCAAUGUCGCCUACGAGAACAUCAGGAAGCGCCGCCGUCCACCAGUGAGCCUAGGUCGGUAAAUGGCGUCGUGGCAUCGUUGAUUCGAAGCAUCGAAGCUAAUCGCUACACUGUGCCCGACACACCUGCUCAUGUGAGACUCAACGGUUCCGGAGGACAGGACGCAACCACACAAACGUCCCCGUUCUCGAUUUCUCGCUCGUCGUCGUUCGACUGGAUUAAUGAGCCAGCGGAGGUUGGGCUACGUGACCUGGCGACACCACUUGGCACACCUCGCUCGGAGCUACCAGCGCAACUGUCGGCAGUCUCUAAGCAAGCGGAAUCAUCUUCUGAAACGGAUGACGCGGACAGAGAAGUGGCAGAAAUGACGCAGAAUGUUGAUCGGUCGAACAGAACUCACUCAGACCUUACGGUCAUCGAGAACGAGGAUCACAAUGCGGAUUUAUGUAAAUGUAAAAGGGAAUCGCCUAUACAAGAAGUUCUCUUGAAGAUACACAACGGUCUGCUUGUUUCGCCGAUAUAUUCGUCUCCGCAAGUGCUACAAGAGAUCAGGUAUAUCGUACCUGAACUCAUGCAGUCACCGUCCGUGCCGUAA